GGGCCCAAUGCACGCCGGAAGUUGUAGUCGGCUAGGGGCUGAGCGCCGCGGAUCCUCCGGUCCAGGUGGCGCUGUCGUCCCGGUGUCCUCUCCCGGCGGAGCCUAGGACCCGGCGCUAUGGCUGCAGUGGCUGUGGCGGUCCGGGAAGAAUCGGGAUCCGGGAUGAAGGCGGAGCUUUCUCCCCGGCCUGGGUCAGGGGGGAGGGAGCUGACUCAAGAAGAGAAGCUGCAACUUCGGAAGGAAAAGAAACAGCAGAAGAAGAAACGGAAGGAGGAAAAAGGGUCAGAACUUGAAAUUGGCUCUACUGUAACUACAGUCCAGUGUCCAGUAGGUCCAACCAGAGAACUGCCAGGACCUGGCAGGCAGUCGGGGGGCACUCCUGGAGAGAAAGUUCCAGCUGGCCGUAGUAAGGCUGAGCUUCGAGCUGAGCGGAGAGCCAAGCAGGAGGCAGAGAGGGCCUUGAAGCAGGCAAGAAAAGGAGAGCAAGGAGGGUCAUCUCCUCAGGCCUGCCGUAGCACAGCUGGAGAAAACCCCCCAGUGGUGAAGCAGCUCCCUGAGCACAAGCAGGUUGAUGACCCGGCACUUCUGAGACGGCUUGUUAAAAAAUCAGAGCGACAACAGGUUCCUAAACGAAAGGAUUAUGGAUCCAAAGUCAGUCUCUUCUCCCACCUACCCCAAUACAGCAGACAAAACUCCCUGACCCAAUACAUGAGCAUCCCAUCCUCUGUGAUCCACCCAGCCAUGGUGCGACUCGGCCUGCAGUACUCCCAGGGCCUGGUCAGUGGCUCCAAUGCCCGGUGUAUUGCCCUGCUUCGUGCCUUGCAGCAGGUGAUUCAGGAUUAUACAACGCCUCCCAAUGAGGAACUCUCAAGGGAUCUUGUGAAUAAACUAAAACCCUAUAUCAGCUUCCUGACUCAGUGUCGCCCCCUCUCAGCAAGCAUGUGCAACGCCAUCAAGUUCCUUAACAAGGAAAUCACUAGCAUGAGCAGCUCCAAGCGGGAAGAGGAGGCCAAGUUGGAACUUGGAGCAGCCAUCGAUCGUUAUGUGCAAGAGAAGAUCGUGCUUGCGGCUCAGGCAAUUUCACGCUUUGCCUCUAAGAAGAUCAGUAAUGGAGAUGUGAUCUUGGUAUAUGGAUGUUCAUCCCUGGUAUCACGAAUUCUUCAGGAGGCUUGGGCCAAGGGCCGGAAGUUUCGGGUGGUUGUGGUGGACAGCCGGCCCUGGCUUGAGGGAAGGCAUAUGCUCCGUUCUCUUGUCCGUGCUUGGGUCCCUGCUUCCUACCUGCUGAUUCCUGCAGCCUCCUAUGUGCUCCCAGAGGUUUCUAAGGUGCUAUUGGGAGCUCAUGCACUCCUGGCCAAUGGAUCUGUGAUGUCACGGGUAGGGACAGCACAGUUGGCCCUGGUGGCUCGAGCCCAUAAUGUACCAGUGCUGGUCUGCUGUGAAACAUACAAGUUCUGUGAACGCGUGCAGACUGAUGCCUUUGUCUCUAAUGAGCUAGAUGACCCUGAUGAUCUGCAGUGUAAACGGGGAGAGCAUGUGGCUUUGGCUAACUGGCAGGACUACCCAUCUCUACGGCUGUUGAAUCUGGUCUAUGAUGUGACUCCCCCAGAGCUUGUCGAUCUAGUGAUAACAGAGCUGGGCAUGAUCCCCUGCAGUUCUGUGCCUGUUGUCCUGCGAGUGAAGAGCAGUGACCAGUGAAGGGAAACAAGGUUCAAUAAAUAACAUAUACCCUG